GCGGGCGCGUUUGUUCGGGCACGUGAUGCGUCGAUCCCAUUACGCGAGGCGAGGCUCGACUGCCUCAACCGCAGGAGCAACGGUUUACGGGGACGGAGCUAGUGCACCGCGAUAUUGUACACCCUUAGCCGGCAAGACGCUGCAGUCCACCGUAAAUUCGACGUCGAUUCACGGCGUUCCUGUGUGGAAGAUAACGACGUUCUGUUGCGAUUCGUACGGUACGUCUCCGAUAGACGACGAUUCGCAUAGGUACCGAAGACAAUGGAUCUUCCACGACAUCGUGGGCCACGUUUUCAACAGUCACACCUCAUUCUUCCAUGCCGUUUUUAAUGGCUAUAAUCAGAUCUAAGAUUGUUUUUAGUUAUUGGAAGGCAUUGCCUAAGACUCAAAGAAUGUUCUAGUCGUAUAAUUUUCUUCGAUUGUGGAGAUCAUCUUGUUUGAUAAUGUGUAGUGCUAGUGCACACGUUUUGAACUCUGUAAUUGCAAAUUAACUUAUUUAAAAUAUCGUUGGAUACCGUGGCCGAAAAUUCAAAAAUCUCUCAGACGACGAGUACAUUUAAUCGACCGACAUUAGGAUUUUGUAAUAUAUAGCGUAUGCUCACUGCACAUAGUACACAGAUACAUAUGUAUAUACAUUAUACAUAUAUAGGCGAGGCUGUACGAUGACAUUGACGAUCUUAGGCUUGAGACUGACCAAUGAUAAACUUGCUCCGCCCCAUAAAAUCUCACAUCACUUUGCCACCGUACCGAGGUCAUCGACGAUCAUCAUUCUGCUGACAGCAAUAUGGACAGCUCCGAAGGAAGACGACCAAAGUGCGCGCGAUGUAGGAACCACGGCGUUAUAUCAUGGUUGAAGGGUCACAAAAAACGGUGCUCAUACAAAGAGUGCGUGUGCCCAAAGUGCAAUCUUAUAGCUGAAAGACAACGGGUCAUGGCUGCUCAAGUGGCAUUAAAAAGACAACAAGCGGCAGAGGAUGCUAUAGCAUUGGGAUUGGCUUCGGUUACUUCUGGAACUAAAUACGGAUGUUUACCACAAGGUCCUAUAUUUGGUAUGACUGUUCCCACAUCCAAGUCUCCUGUUGCAAAAGAAGAAACUGCUCGACCUGAAGAAAACUCUACAGCGACUAUACAGGUAUCAGAUGGAAACAAGGGAGUUGUACCACCAGGAUCUCUCGAUUUGCUUUGUCGAUUAUUUCCAGAGAAAAAACGAUCGGUCCUGGAGCUGGUACUUCGUCGGUGUGAACAUGAUUUAUUGAAAGCUAUAGAGCAUUGUGUACCUUUAUGCAAGUCUUUGGCAGCCACUUCAAAAUCUCGGAAAACUAGUACAGACAAGAUUGAUACACCUCAGACUACUACAAUUGGUUCUGCAUUUAUGCCUUGGGGUUUACACCGUGAACCACCAGUGGCUCAUCAAAAUGCUCGGAGGCAGCUGGCUACUAGAUUGACUUAUCACGUACCAGAACCGACAACUACGUUAUUUCAUCACUUUCGGACCCAAUCUACUGGAGUUUCAUGUGGGCCGCCUUUUUAUUUGCCGCCGUUUUUGCUAGAAUCAGCUGAGUCAUGUCAUGUAGCCAAUUGUGUUGAAUGUGCAUCAGCUGCAGCUCAACAGAUAUGAAAUAUUUGGAAUCGUCAUUACCGUUAACAUAUUCAAUUAAAAUGUAUAAAUAUAUAGAUAUUUGUAUAAGU